AUGGAUUGGUCCACAUCACAAAUCCUCGCCGUUAGUGGUCAUGAACGAAUGCAUGAUGUUGAAUGUGAUAAUCAAAUCCUAUUUUAUAAUCGUACCGGUCAACUAUUAUAUAACCUACAUAUACCAGAUACAUCUUGUCCGUUGUCUGCAUUAUGUUGGGCUCACGGUGAUCAACGAUUGUUUAUUGCAUGUGGAACAGCAGUCUAUACAGCAUGGGUAAUCCUUGAGUCAUUUCCAUCCAUGUUAAAAUUGUGUCAGAUGAAAGUCAAACAACAGAUAUUAAGAAAUUCUUUAUAUAAUAUUGAAAAACUAAUAUUACCACCAAAAUUAAAACACCAACUAUGUGAAUUGUACAGAUCAACAAUAAAAGGCUUUAUUCCAAAUAAGAAUACUUUACGAACAUUUGUUUGCGAACCGCUGAAGCAGCAAUUGAGAUUACAAUGUACUAUGAAACGUGUCGAUCAUAAUAACAGUAAUAAUGAUACAAAUGAUAAUGAAUUCUCAUCCGCUUCCUUGUCUUCAUCGUCUAACAAUAACAAUGGCAAUGGAGCGACAUAUGUGUUAUAUUUAGAAUAUUUAGGCGGACUGAUACCGUUAUUAUCAGCCAAACGUGUGUCAAAAAUUUGUCCAGAUUUUAUUAUAUUUGAUCCACAAGAACCAGUAACUGAUAAGAGUGAUAAAACACCAAUAGUAACGCCUACCCACUCGUUUGUUCGUCCUCGUUCAAAUACAUUUCAUAAUAUGCCAUCGAUUAAUUCAUUAACAAAAAAAUCUUUAGCAGUGACAAAUCGUACCAGUCUAAUAGCCAAUCGUAGCUCGGUAUUUAUUGCAAAAUCACUCGUACGGGAACGAGGUGAAACGCCGGAUGACACAUGGAAAAGUAGUUCAGGCUGUAGUUCGGGAAACGAUUCAGAUGCAGAAAAUAUUACAUAUUCAGCAAAAAAACAGCAGCAGUCACCUCAGCUACAAUAUUCGAGAAAGAAAAUACCAAAAACAUUAAAACAUAAACAUACGAAUAAGCUAUGUACAAUAGCAGCGAAUAUAUGGGGUACAAGAUUUAAAUUUCUUGGUAAUUCAUCUUAUUUGCCUGAAUAUCUUGGUACUGUGACCUAUAAAACAUCAUUUUUACAUUUACAACCAAGACAAAUGACCGUAACAGUUUGUAAUAAAUCAACAGUUGAUAACAGCAACAAAGAAUUUGUUUUGGAUUCACAUCAAUCACAGAAAGUUCCUUCGACAUGUAAUUUUAAUUCAUCGAUUCCUAUAGCUCCAAUGAGUCCUCAGUUGAAAAGUGUUCAUUCAAUACUAUUAUUAUCUGAACAGAAUUCGAAUAAAAAACAGAACGACUCAACUACGGCAAAAACUAUAUUUCAUUCAUCUACAUCACCCUCGUCUAUACGUCACUCUCCUCGUACCAGUCAUCGUCAUCAUAAACUACAUCGACAUGAUACAAAUAAUGAUUCAUCAGCAGCUAAUUCUUCAUCAACUUCCCCCAUUAAUCUCAGUCGUUCAACAUCACCUGCUGCUUCUUUAGCAAAUUUUAUUCGUCCAAUAUCUCCACCGUGUAUUAAAGUAAAAGAACCUUUAUCACCUAAAUUCAAUCGGGCAUUAUCGACCUCAACUACAAGUUAUCGUCAUUGUUCAUCCGCGAAUACGACAUCGUUAACAACUACCAGUACUACCACAGUAAUUCGGCAUCAUAAAAGUACAGUUGAAAUGAAGAACGUCCAAUCUACUGUAGCUAAUAUUGAUGCUUCAACAUCGAGUGCAACAAAGACAUUAUUAAUUGAUGAUUCAUCCGGUUAUGAUAGCGAAGUACAAAAAUUUUCAACAUCAGAUAUUCAACAACAACGUCCAGAAAAUUGUUUUGAACCAGAUACGUAUCGUGAUUCGUAUGUUGACUCAAAUUUUUCUGCUCAACAAAAAUUAAGUUUGAGUGAUCCAACAUUAAAUCAAACAACGAAAUUGAAUAAUGAUAAACGAUUAAAUCAACAAAAAAAUACAAUUUCAUCACCAAAGCAAUCGAAAAUAUUAGAACACGCCUCUUCUUCAUCAUUACAACAUCAGCAAAUAUCAACAAAUGAUGAACAUAGUAAGCAGCGAGAAGACGAAAAUCAAGAUGAAAUACAACGAAUUACAGAUAAUGACAUUGGUAAUCAAAAACCUCUUCGUCGAACACCAACUAGGGCUAGUGUAACAGAUAGAAUUCAAACAACAUCGAUGACUAACAAUCAUCAGCAAAAGGUAUAG